GCAAACCCAUAGUUUAUUGUUCAGAAAUUGUUUCCCAAAUUGUCAACCAAUCACCUUUUAUCUUUUUAAUCAAUCUCAAUAAUGACCUUCACAACAGGGCUACUCUUGGUCUCACUACCUAUCUAGUUUCGUAUCGAUUUCCUUGUUCUUUUUUUCUAAUUGAAUUAAAAAUGACAAAACUUCGAGUUGGUUUUAUUGGAUAUGGACAUUUGGGAAAAUUUCUUGUCGAGAAACUUCGUCUAUUGCCGGAGGAAUUUGAAAUCGUAAAAAUCUGGAAUCGAAGUGUUGGAGAACCAGGAGUUCAAGGGUUAGAAACGCUGACAGCUGAAAACUUAAAAGACAUAGACUUGGUUGUCGAAGUGGCUCAUCCAAAAAUAAUAGCAGAUUACGGAGAGCUUAUCCUCGAACAUUGUGACCUGUUUGCCGGUUCCCCAACAUGUUUCGCAAAUCAAGAAUUGUUAGAGAAACUGACGAAAUUGUCAUUGUCUCAUGGAAAAAAGCUUUUGAUUCCAGCUGGUGCUCUGUGGGGAGCUAAUGAUAUUCAGAAAAUGGCAGAUGUUGGAAGUUUGAAGGGACUAACGGUAACAAUGAUCAAACAUCCAACAUCCUUUAAGUUGGGUUCUCCGUUGUUUGAAAUUAAUGAAAAAGCGAAACUGGAAGAAACUAAUGAGACCGUUCUUUAUGAAGGAUCUGUCCGUGGAUUAUGCCCAUUGGCACCAAAUAACGUGAACACAAUGGCUGGUGGAGCUCUUGCGGCAAGCAAUUUAGGAUUUGAUGAAGUGAAGGCUAAACUGAUAUCCGAUCCAAAAAUGACCGACUGGCAUGUGGUGGAAGUUCGUGUAGAAGGAGAUGAUGGGUUUGAAGUAAUCACUCGGAGAAAUAAUCCCGCAAAACCUGGAGCUGUCACUGGUCAACUCACUUAUUAUUCAUUCCUAUCAUCAAUCAAAGAAUCUAGAUAUAAGCCUAUUGGAGUUCAACUGUGUUGAAUAGUUUCGCAGUGAAGAAAUGUGUAAUUAUUUCAGCUUUUUGUUCGGAAUUAGAAUCAGUAUCACGUAUUGAAUUUUGUUUUUUUUACAUUUAAAGAAUUGUAAAAUAAAAGUGAACCAAUUUUAAAU